AUGAAAUUUGGUAAGAUCUACAGUAAUAUUCGUUUAUUUUCAACUGAACAUAUUAUACCAAAAAUAUGUAUUGUUGGUGCAGGACCAGCAGGAUUUUAUGCUGCACAACAAUUAAUGAAGGUAACCACUAAUAUAACAGUGGAUAUAUUGGAAAAAUUACCAGUACCAUAUGGUUUAGUACGUUUUGGUGUAGCUCCAGAUCAUCCAGAAGUGAAAAAUGUUAUCCAUACUUUUGAGAAAACUGCAGCUAAUCCUCGUUUUCAAUUUAUAGGAAAUGUUAAUGUAGGAAGAGAUGUUACUAUAAAAGAAUUGCAAGAACUUUACCAUGCAGUUUUAUUAACAUAUGGAGCAGAAGAAGAUAAAAUAUUAAAUAUACCUGGAGAAAAUUUAGAUAAUAUAAUAUCAGGACGACGAUUUGUUGGUUGGUAUAAUGGAGUACCUGCAGAUAGUAAACUUAACAUUAAUUUAGAUGUAGAAGAAGCUGUUGUAUUAGGACAAGGAAACGUUGCUAUAGAUAUUGCAAGAAUUUUGUUAACACCUGUAGACAAAUUAAAGAAUACUGAUAUAACAUCAUAUGCAUUAGAAAAGUUGUCACAAAGUAAAGUACGCAAAGUAUCAUUAAUAGGAAGAAGAGGUCCAUUACAAGCUGCAUUUACAAUUGCUGAACUACGAGAAAUAUUAAAAUUAGAUAGCUGUAAAACUUAUUGGCGUUCAGAUGAUUUUAUAAAUAUAAAACAAAUAGUUAAUACUUUAGCAAGGCCACGAAAAAGAUUAACAAAACUUAUGCUAGAAAAUUUAGAAGAAACAUCUUCAGAUACAAAAAUAAUAACAAAAGGAUUAUAUCCAAUAUUUUUAAGAAGUCCUGUGAAAUUUUUGGGUUCCAAUAGUGUACAUGGUAUUAAACUAUCAAUAAAUAGACUAGAAGGUAAUGACAUAUCCACACAAGUUGCCAUACCUACUGGAUUAUUUGAAGAAAUUCCAUGCGGUCUAGCAUUUCGCAGCAUUGGUUACAAAUCAAUUCAAAUAGAUGUAUCAAUACCAUUUAAUGCAAAAAAUGGUUGUAUUAGACAUUUAGGAGGUAAAGUUCAAGAUAAACUUUAUGCUGCAGGCUGGGUUGCAACAGGUCCUGUUGGAGUUAUAUUAUCAACAAUGACAAAUGCAUUUCAAGUUGGUACAUUAAUAAGUAAAGAAUUAUCAAUUAUAGAAAAUAAACCUGGUUUUAUAGGUUUGUCUAAGAUACUUAAUCAAAAGGGUGUACCAAUGAUAUCAUAUAAUGAUUGGAAAAAAAUUGAUAAUGUUGAAUGUGAAAGAGGAAAAAUAUUAGGAAAGCCAAGAGAAAAAAUAGUUGAUAUUAAUGAAAUGCUAGAAAUUGCUUUAAAAUAA